UAAACAGCGCCGCUAGCAUCCCACUGUGUAGAAAACAUACAGGAAGAGAUUUGUAAACCAAAACAAAACGGACCAAAACGCAGUCAUGUCUGUGAAUUACGCCGCGGGCCUCUCUCCGUAUGCGGACAAAGGUGUCUGCGGACUCCCUGAGACGUUCGACAGUGCUGAAGAGGCGAAGGUGAAGGUGGAGACUCUCGCCCAGUUGAUUAAAGAGUCUAAGUUCUUGGUCGUCCACUCUGGAGCAGGAAUCAGCACCUCAGCAGGAAUACCCGACUUCAGGGGUCCAAAGGGAGUGUGGACGUUAGAGGAAAAGGGGGAGUCACCUCGCUUUGACAUCACAUUUGAAGACGCCCGGCCCAGCUUGACUCACAUGGCGCUCCUGGGCCUGCAGAGGGCCGGAUACCUCAAGUAUCUCAUCAGCCAGAAUGUGGAUGGCCUGCACGUCCGCUCAGGCUUCCCCAGGGAUUUGUUAUCAGAGCUUCAUGGAAACAUGUUUGUGGAGGAUUGUGAGAAGUGCGGCCGGCAGUAUGUCAGAGAGAAGGUGAUCGGUGUGAUGGGCCUGAAGCCGACAGGACGUUACUGUGAUGUGGUGCGCUCCAGAGGACUCAGAGCCUGCAGAGGGAAGCUAAUCAGCACCAUACUGGACUGGGAGGAUGCUCUUCCUGACGUAGACCUGAACAAAGCAGAAAAUGCCAGCAGACGAGCAGACCUGGCACUGACCCUCGGCACGUCCCUGCAGAUCAAACCCAGUGGAGACCUUCCGCUCCUAACCAAACGCAAAGGAGGGAAAAUGGUCAUUGUCAACCUGCAGCCUACGAAGCAUGACAAGCAUGCGCACAUUCGUAUCAACGGUUACGUGGAUGAGGUCAUGAAACAGGUGAUGGAGCUGCUGGGAUUGGACAUCCCAAAGUGGGAAGGGCCGACCGUCUGCGAAAGCUCCACAGGCGCCUCAGAGGCCGCCCAAGAUGUCAAACCACCGCGAGCUCUUCCUGCAAAAGGGAGGGGGAAAAAGAACCUUGUUAAGGAUGAAAGGAAGAGAGAAGCAGCACAGCUAACAGACAAUGGGAGCGUGAAGGAGGAGAUGCCUUCAGUAAAGAGAGAGAGAGAAGAAUCCCCAGUGGUGAAAAAUGAAGAGAAAUAGCCUCAGGUAUUUUUUUUCUUUCAACUGCGUCUCAACACAAACCCAUGGAGAAACAGAGUUUACAUGUGAGGCUGCUCGGUUUCAUCAGUUUCACAGAUGAUGGAGGUUCUACUCAUCUAACCCCCCUCGUGGAUUUGUCAAUCCUAGAUUUUGUACACAUACCGUCACAGUCAUAAUGAACAGCAAAGAGAAGUCUCUGUAAAAAGAUUCUACAUGAGAAUAUGUAGAAUGUGGAAGGCGAAGGACAAGAUUUGGGGUCUGGAAGCCUUCUGGUUUCCGGAUUUUAGUUUGACCAAUCAUGUUGGAGCAGGCUUUGGCUGCACACAGGUAAACAGUCCGUGUGGAGAACAAAAGAGGUGAAACACAUUGACCACAUUGAAAACUGUUCAUAGAGAUUACCCAAAAUGUCGCCUGGACCCAAAACAUCUACAAAAAGUAGAAUCUGAAGAAUCGUUUGACUCGUGUGAUAAAAGAAGAACAGAAGACGGAGUCUAGGCCUGGAUUGUCCACUGUCUACACCAGAAGGCCCCGAAACACUGGCCGUACCUCCUGCUACUUUAAGAACACGAAGGAUGUACCUUUACUUAGGACAAUGAAAUGAGAACUAGAACACACUGAUAAGUGAAGCUUUUAUUGAGGUAUGUAAAAUACACCCUGUUAAAAGCUUUUCCGAUGGGCUUCUGCUGAUUAGCUGUAAAUGGACCAUAAUCACAUAUUGUGUUUGUUUGUAGGACAGUGUUUUUAUCUCAGGAAAAAGCCUUGUACUUUGUCUGCCAUUUUACAGUUUUUUUACAUAUAUAUAGGUAAUGGCAUUAAAGAUAAUAAUGACCUGUG